AAGGCAGUAGUGGACAUUAUUUGUAAGAAAAUGCAAGACUUACCGAAGAUGCCGGCGAAUUCUUCGCCGCCAGUGGCGCGGUCCGGCGCGGGCGACAUUUCCGAACGUGAGCUGUCGCGCGAGAGGUACAAUCUGCAGACCACACCGCCUGCCCGCGUGCAACCUGCACAUCCGAAGAAGCAACUAUUUUCGGCACCAGUCACAGUUAGCAAGUUCACGGCCAAGGCGGGACCGCCCAGUCCCAACCUCGCGAGAAUCCGCAGCUGCCUCACCGAGUACGAGAACCAGACGCCAACAAGAGCAGUAAAGAUUGGCCCAAAGGCUGUCUCUAUGGAGGAUCUUACGCCUACAAAGAGGAUUCGACGAAAUGGGAACGACGAACUGGCAGUGGCAAGGUCGCCUGCGCUACGCAGUGUGGCUGAAGAGAGCGCGGCGGCGAAGGUUUGUCGGUUCAUGGUGAUCGCGGCUUGGAGGCGGCGGCGCGACGAGGUGCGCUGUCUUCGCAAGACUCUAGAAUUUCAGGUGUCGUGUUCGGAACGGCUUCGCAUACAAGUGGCAGCGUUGAAGUCUUUACUGGAAUCUGACAACAACAAAGUGCGUCUGGCCAUGCGCGAGCUCGAUCGUCUCAAGCAGCUGGUGAAGGACAAGGAACUGGAACGGACCGUGCUGGAACGAGAGAAAUUCGCCCUGGAGAACGACGUCUGCGCGGCGGAGGACCGGGCGUCGGAGAUGAGCGUCGGCUGGCGCAACUGCCGCAACGAGCUGGAGGGCGCGCGCGUCGCCGGCGCCGCCGCCGAGCGGGCGCUGGCGCUGCAGCAAAGCCUAGAACCUGGUGUCUGUCUAGAAUAUGAGGACAUAAGAAUGAGAAUGAUCAACCUACCUUAUAAUCAAUCGGGAACAAAGUAA